CUCCGGACUGAUCCUUUAAAAAAUUUCUUAACAAAAUUCGCACUGAAUGUCACUGGACUAAAUGAUGAAAUUUGAAUAAGCACAAUUUCAAACUCAGUAUGUUUCUAGUUCCCUCCAUUUCCCCUGGUGUUCUCUAUCAAUUAGCAAUUAGCGCAGUUUAGGCUAUAAAUCCACAUCUCUAUAAAUAGUUCGCUAAUCACUUUUCAUUAAGCCAAACAGACCAUUUCUUCCAUUUUAGCCUUUUCCAAGCUUAAAAUUACACACACAAAUCCACUCAUCUACUGUUCAAUGUCGUCUUCUUCACCAUCGCAGCCGGAUCUUCAGCUCCAACUUCAACCGGAGACCGAGUCUCAGAUGUCAUCUAUCGUCUACGAGAUUUCACAACAAGUCCAGGGCGCAAUGGAGAACAUGUUGAAGAUGAUGAGCGAAAUUGAUGAGAACUCUGGCGGAAUAACCGAAGAGAUAGAGAAGUGCAAAGAGCAGGGUCUUGAGAAGAAGAGAGGCUUAGAGGAAGCCAAAGAACAAGUUGAGAAAGCUGCUUAUGCCGUUUUAGAGAUGCUCAACAACAGAGCAUAGAAUGUAGGUGCUGUUAUUGGAAGCUUAACAGACAUAACUCAAUUUGUGUAUAGAGAGACACACAUUGGGAGCUGUUAGCAGUCUGAGAUACUACUUAAGUGAAUUUAGUUCAAAAUACAUGCUUAAGUCAUCUGACUAUCGGUUUUUUCUUAAUUUGAUUCUUGGUUUUGACAUCCUACAAUGCCAAGAGGUGCGCUUUGUUCAUAGCUAGCCACUCUAUCGCUGCGUUAUAACAUAGCCCUUAUCUUGCAUUGCAUGUUUACUACCUUACGAUAAGUUCUUAAACUCUUGGGUCUUUUGUGUUUACCCGGAGAUUACUUCUUCAUGUUGAGAAAUUACAGUUAAAAUACCACAUAGGAACAUACACCCAGUUUCUGUAUGAAAGAGGCAACUUACCAUCCCCACCGUUUGUUAUUGGGGACCUUGAGAGCCGGUAAAUUGCAUCUUCCAUACAGGAGAGGUUAUGGACCCCGAAAUAGUGUAUUGAAUA